GAACAUAUACGUUAAAAAAUGGCGUUCAUGAAGAGUGCUAUCCUGGUCUGUGUGACUGCGGUGCUGACGGUGUACCUACCGCAACUCUGGACCAAGACUCGUCCCAUCAUCACUGCAGGAACUGUACAGCCUGGAUUCGAACCAGUCGCCAAACUCUUCAGGGAGAACUUCGAGAAUGGAGUAGAAUAUCCAACGGCUGGUUCAGCAUUAUCGGUGUACUACAAAGGGUCAAAGGUCGUCGACAUCUGGGGAGGCUACGCGGACAGUGAGGCAGGACGGCCAUGGAAGGAGGACACUUUGACUGUAGUCUUCUCUGCUACAAAAGGCAUGGCUGCCUUGUGCAUGGCUGUUCUGGUGGACAGGGGUCACCUUGACUACGACAAGACCGUGGCUUCCUAUUGGCCAGAAUUUGCCCAGAAUGGCAAAGAGAACGUCACAGUGCGUACGCUCCUGAACCACCAGGCUGGUCUAUCUGAAAUCAGCGACGAGGAUACCUAUGCUCUAUUGGGGGACCAAGAUGCAUUAGGAGAAUUCUUGGCGCGGUAUGCCCCCGAAUGGGAGCCGGGUACGGCGCAGAGAUACCAUUCGUGGUCCUUCGGUCUGUACGCCAGCCAGGUCUUGAGACGCGCCGAUCCCAAGCACAGGACACUGGGCCAGUUCUUCAAGGAAGAGAUCUCUCAACCAUUUGGCAUUGAUUUUCACAUCGGUUUCCCCUUGGAAUUGUACCACCGCUACCCGCGUUUGUCGUGGGCCAGCGCUUACAUGUGGUUCAAGGAGAUGAUGAGCAGUCCGAUUAUGCGCGAAUUCAUAUGGCAGAGGGUGAAGACUGGUGAACUGGGAGCGAUCUUUAAGCCAGCAGAGUUCCAGGAAUUCAUGAUCCCCGAGAAACUAGCCCUCGAACAGCCGUCGGCCUACGGAGUGGGAACGGCCCGUGCUCUCGCUAAAGUCUACGGAACAUUAGCCAAUGGUGGAGCCACACUGAAAGGUCAAAGGUUACUUUCUGAGGACGUCAUGAAACAAUUCACGGAUCAGGCACAAGUAGAAGCUCUGGGAAUUCCAGAUGGAACUCCAAUUAUUUUAAACCUAGGAUUCUUCAUUGAUGAGAAGGCGAAACGGUUCGGCCACCCUGGGGCAGGGGGCCAGCACGCUAUUGCCGACCCUCAACACAAGCUGGGCUUCGGAUAUGUCUCCAGCUUCCUGUCCACGUACACCGUUGGGAGAGACCACCGCUUCCACCCACUGCUAGAGGAGACCUACAAGUGCAUUGAGAAACUGGAGGCAAAAUAACCGUCUCGUGCUGAAGAUGGAGGCAAUAGUUUUGUGACUGUUGUCGAGUGCUUGGCCGCUGUUUGAUCGCCGUUGUUGUUGUAAACAAACGAGAGUUAAGAAAUAUAGCUAAAACUAUCAGAAAAAUUGUUACAAAAGAAAAAAAGACAUUCAAUAGUUGUAUAACAAAAGGUUAAAAGUACAUGCAAGCGAACCUAAAAUGUAAUUGGAUUAUUAUAUUUCAUUUAAGUACAAUUAGUAUAUAUAUCGUUGUAGUUUUUAGCUGCGAUCGUUAAGAAUUUUUCAAGCUAGGUGUUGAACUUUCCUUUUUAUUGAAAGUUUGUUACUUUUUAAAUUUUUUUAAACCAAAUUGUAUUUGAAUAAUCGUUGUAGAUUUUAGCUGCUUUAAUUGGUUUAAUUGUUACGGAAUUUUGAACGGAACAACUCUUGAUUUCGUGAAGAUAUAUUUUGCUGUAGUGUGUCGGCUUUUGUUUUUGCCAGAGCUUCUUUGUAUUGCAUCUCAUAAUUAUUAGACACUAUAAAGAUAGUUUUUAUUGCACUCUGCCUUCUCCAAGAUA